CUUUAUAAACACACGCACACACCUAUAACACGUAUAUAAAAAUAAAAAAUAAUAAUAAAAACAUUUUCAGCUCACUUCGAUCGUUCAUAUUUCUCCUCUCCGGCGAGGCGCCUUUUCCUCUCCACCACCUUCAUCCAUUUCUACGGAGAGGAAACCCACAUUUUUAUCUUCCAUUCUGCCCCUUUUUAUUGACCUAAAAAUCAUCCCGCAUUUCAACCCGUACAAAUUUCUAGUGUAUUUGAUAUAAUGGCAGCUGCUGCAACUUCUGUUGGUCCUCGUUAUGCGCCGCCGGAUCCGACCCUUCCUAAACCAUGGAAAGGUUUGGUUGAUGGUAGAACUGGGAAUCUUUACUUUUGGAAUCCAGUGACUAAUGUUACUCAGUAUCAGAGGCCUGCAGGCCCUAAGGAUCCUGAUCCGCCACAAGAGGAUUCUACGGUUCCUGUAAGUUCCACUGUUUCUUCUGAACAAUGCCGUGAUGAUGGCAAGGCUGGUGAUGUCGUUGUACAUGAAAAAAACGGCAAUGCUAGUGAAUCAAACUUUUCUUCUGAUACUACAGAUCAAGAGCCUACAAAAACCGAGUCUGAUCAUGACAAUGAUGCCCCAAAAGAGACGGCUACUUUUGGACAAGGAGGAGCUCCUGCUCAGACUCGUGUGUCUUCAGUUGGAAGUGGUUUAUCUCCAGAUGCCUAUCGCCGGCAGCAUGAGAUUACUGUAUCGGGAACCAAUGUGCCCCCACCUUUUACAUCAUUUGAAGAUACCGGUUUCCCUUCUGAGUUACUUAGAGAGGUACUUAAGGCUGGCUUUUCUGCGCCGACUCCCAUUCAAGCACAGUCAUGGCCUAUUGCUCUCCAGAGUCGGGACAUAGUAGCAGUUGCCAAAACGGGCUCUGGAAAGACCUUGGGUUACCUAAUUCCUGGAUUUAUUCAUCUUAAACGAACCCGCAAAAAUCCUCAGUUGAGUCCAACUGUUUUGGUUCUUUCACCCACUAGAGAAUUGGCCACGCAGAUUCAAGAUGAAGCUAUCAAGUUUGGAAAGUCGUCAAGGAUAUCUUGCACGUGUUUAUAUGGUGGAGCACCAAAGGGUCCUCAACUAAGCGAGCUGGCCCGUGGCACAGACAUUGUGGUUGCUACUCCUGGGCGUUUGAAUGAUAUUCUUGAAAUGAGAAAGGUUAGUCUAAGUGAGGUUACUUAUUUGGUUUUGGAUGAGGCGGACAGAAUGCUGGACAUGGGAUUUGAACCUCAAAUAAGGAAGAUAGUGAAUGCAGUUCCAGCACGUCGCCAGACUCUUAUGUACACUGCUACUUGGCCAAAAGAAGUCCGCAAAAUUGCAGCUGAUUUAUUAGUUAACCCGGUUCAAGUCAACAUUGGAAAUAUUGAUGAGCUUGUUGCCAACAAAAACAUUACACAGCAUGUUGAAGUUCUGACUUACAUGGAGAAACACCGACGGCUGGAGCAGAUUAUAAGAUCUCAACAACCAGGAUCAAAGAUAAUUAUAUUUUGUUCAACUAAAAAGAUGUGUGAUCAGCUAGCUCGUAAUUUGACCCGCCAGUUUGGUGCUGCUGCUAUUCAUGGAGACAAAUCUCAGGGUGAAAGAGAUCAUGUGCUGAGUGAGUUUCGUUCAGGCAAAUGUCCCGUGCUUGUAGCAACUGAUGUUGCUGCUCGUGGACUAGAUGUCAAAGAUAUCAGGGUGGUGGUGAAUUAUGAUUUCCCAACGGGAGUGGAGGAUUAUGUACACCGUAUUGGAAGAACUGGGAGGGCAGGUGCUACAGGAGAGGCUUAUACAUUUUUUGGCGAUCAAGAUGCGAAACAUGCGUCAGAUCUGGUGAAAGUUUUGGAAGGAGCAGAUCAGCGUAUCCCGAACGAACUUCGUGACAUGGCUUCACGUGGUGGUGGAAUGGGAGGUAGAUCUAGAUGGCGGAGCUCUGAUGGUGGUUCUAGUUUUGGUGGUCGUGAUGGAGGAGGCCGUGGUUCAAGCUAUGGUGGAAGAAGUAGUAGCUUUGGAAACCGUGACAGUGAUAGAGAUUCAGGUGGUGGCUACCAGGCUAAGAGCUUUCAUGAAAGCAUGGCAAGUGCUCGGGAGAGUAGUCCCCCCAAGAAUGGUGGGUCUGGAUGGGGCAAUGAUCGCGCCCGUAGCCGGAGCCCGGAGAGGUUUGACAAUGGUCCACCACGCAGCUUUCACCAGCUAAUGAUGGAGCGUGGCCGAACUUAGUAAUCAUGCCAAGUCACUGUUUAAUAUCCCACAGAAAGAAUAUGGUGUGUUUAAGUGGGAUGUUGGCAGUUAAUCUUAUUUGUGGUGAACGUGAAAAUGUAAUCCAGGGUAGAUCUGUCUAUUUUGUGUUCUAUUAUGGAAUUUGCAAAAGAGAAUGACAAUGUGCUGACUCACUUAGAUGUGUCCAAGCUAUAUGUUCAUUUUGGGAGCUUCUAACAUAGGAGGGAUUGUUUUUGUUAUUUUUGAAUGACUUAUGUGUAAAGCUAUGCAUGCAUUACUUUGAUAUAUGCAAUAUUAAGGUCGUUUCCUCCA